AUGUCAUAUGAACCGACGCAAGGAUCAAGAAAUGCUAAAACUGACGAAUCAGUCCCAUUACGAAAGAUUGGCAAUAUAGAUACCAGAAGACCUGUGGCCGCGGUCGUCAGUAAUGACUUAGAUCUCAUGUCUGCGAGAGAGAAGCGAAAAAGAAUACAUCGAACAAUCAUUACGUCAACAGGAACAGCGACCUGGAUAAUCUUUUGCGCGCUAGCGAUAGUUAUUGUGCUCAAAACAUCGACUGUUAUCAAAAAGAACCCAUUGGGUCUGCUGGGUCGAUCUCUUUCAGCUGAUGAGAUAAAUAGUUUCACUUCUCAGGCGUAUGGGAUUGCGUUCCUUUUCGUUGUGCUUAUGCUAGGCACUUGUGCCUUUUUGGCAUAUAAGGCUCUUCAUAAUACUCCUUCUGAGCCCAAUGAGUACCGAUUUGGCUCAUUUACCAACCCAAUUUCUAUAUCUAUGUUUAUUGCACUGCUUAUAGGUCUCGCUAUAUUCUUGCUGCUGGCUUUUGGAUUUCCGCAUCUUGGUGCCAAAGUUAGGUUUGGGGUAAUUGCUUGUGUGUUGUUCAUUCUGGGAGUAACUGGGUUUAGUGUUAUCUUGUUUUCGGCUCUUUUUAGUAUUAAAAGGAGAUUUGAGCAAACAAGGAAGAUUUCAAUGUGCUGGACGCAAAUUGUGAUAACCGUUACUUUUAUGGGUUUAUCUUUGAUCGCGUUAACCUGGGCUAUUUGUUUUAUGGCCAUUUCUGGGGUUAAUUGGAGGAUAUUAUUUGAUUACGUUGAUGGAAUCACUAUUUUCCGUAUCAAAUCUGGCUAA